AUAAAAAUACAUUUACCGAGUUGAUUGUUUACCGUCCAUAUUCAAACUGUUAGUACAGCCUUUUAAUCUCACCCAGAAUGCGUUUUAUUUAAAGUCAAAGAUAUUAGUACAAGUUUUUGGCCUUGAAGAGCAAAUAUUAAUACGCUUUCAGUCAGAAUGUCUAAUAGCUGUCGUCUGCUUUGUGGGUUUUUGAUGAGUUGUGUCGGCUGGAUUGGGAUUAUAAUCGCGACCUCCACAAAUGACUGGGUGCUGAGCUGUACAUACGGAGCGCACACAUGCAGGAAUAUGGACGAGCUGGAGACCAAAGGCUUGUGGACGGAAUGUGUCAUCUCUACUGCUCUCUAUCACUGCAUCCCUCUCAACCAGGUCCGCAAAAUACCAGCUUACAUCCAGACGUGUCGUGUUCUGAUGGUGUCUGCCUCUCUGCUCGGUCUGCCUGCUCUGGCUCUGUUGCUGUUGGCGAUGCCCUGCGUCAAACUCAGCCAGGAGACUGAAGGCACCAAACACAGACGCGCAGUUCAGGGAGGACUACUAAUACUCGUCAUAUCUCUAUGUGGGAUGGUGUCGACGGUGUGGUUCCCCAUCGGAAAGCUGGACGGCCUAAUGUCUUUUGGAUUCUCUCUGUAUGCUGGAUGGGUCGGUUCAGCGCUCUGUUUUUCCGGCUCUGUGAUGAUUUGUUGCUCAAGAGGCAACGGCCCAAGCGGGAAUCUUGAAUCCCGCCACUACUACUCAAACCACGAUGGAGUUACCAGCUCUGGCCCAAGCGAGAAUCCUGAACCCCGCUACUACUACUCAAACCACGAUGGAGUUACCAGCUCCGGUCCAAGCGAGAAUCCUGAACCCCGCUACUACUACUCAAACCAUGAUGGAGUUACGAGCUACGGCCCUGCUAUAAACAGCCAUGCCAAGAGCGCAUGUGUGAGAGACUCACUGGGAUAAAACAAAACUCGGCUCUUUACCUCAAGAUUCAGACACACAAGCUCAUACACACACGACACACAACAAAGAAGUAUGUGAAGAAUUAGUUUUCUACCACUAUGGAUUGACUGCAAACAUCUGAAGAUUUUGGAGGGAACACACUUUGCAGACGUUUGGAGGUGAAAGACUUUGUUCGAUAAGACAAAGAGAUGAAUCCAAAGGAAAAGACUUCUGAUUUUCCUGAGCAUGUUUAUUACACAGUAUUCAUUUUACUCGUAUAUUUAGUUUUUUUUUAGUAACUUCAUUUUAACAUUAU